CUGAGAAAAAGUUAAAGGAAGAAAGCUUUUAGCUUAAAAUUCGUUUAUGAGUUUGUUUUUCUGUUUUUAGCUUGAACCUUGUUAAUGUUAAAUGCACAGCCCAACUUUAUCUGUGGUGUCUAUGUGUUCAGUCUGAGCACAUUAUUUAACAGCAUUUGUAUAUUUAAAUUAAUAGUUAUUUUCUGGUAUAAUUGGUUUAAUUUGAAUUUUAUAUUUUAAAUGAGCUGAUCAACUGGUGGACAGAUAGUAUCACCAAAAAUGUCGAUCAAGCAAUCAUUGUUUUUUACCCUUUUGACUGGUCUCUUCCUUAUACCGUUCAUUUUCACCCAAGAAGAUGCAGCAAGUUAUCGUGCAAAUUUUAUUGAACAAGGUUCUACAUCAUGCGACAGGAACAGUUGUUCGCCUCCAACCGGGGAUUUAUUGAUUGGACGUGAAGCUAACCUAAGUGCAUCAUCUACAUGUGGACUUGUGUUUCCUGAAAAAUAUUGUAUUCUCGGUGAUACCAUAAAAAGAAAAAAGUGUCAUACAUGUGAUUCUCGUGAGUCUGCAAGGAUUCGCAAGAAUCCAUUAAAGUACCAUAGGAUUGAAAAUAUUGUUACAAAGGCUGGCGAAGACUACAGAAAAUUUUGGUGGCAGGCUGAAAAUGGUGUUGAAAAUGUCACAAUACAACUUGAUUUAGGAGCUGAAUUUCACCUAACUCAUAUCAUUAUGACAUUUCAAACCUUUCGUCCUGCAGCUAUGGUGAUUGAAAGGUCAUCUGAUAACGGAAAAACAUGGAAACCUUACCAGUAUUUUGCUGUUGACUGUGCACGGGAAUUUGGUUUUGUUAGGGAAGGUCAAAGGAGAAAUUUGCGAGAAGUUGUUUGUGAAUCUCAAUACUCAGCAGUUACUCCCUCUUAUCAUGGGGAAGUUAUCUUCAAAGUGCUUCCACCUAAUAUUCCUAUUGCUGAUCCAUAUUCAGAUGAGGUCCAAGAACUUCUUAAGAUGACCAAUUUAAGAAUACAUUUCAAGAAAUUGCAUACUUUGGGUGACGAUCUUCUUGAUCCACGACCUGAAAUUCGACAGAAAUACUAUUAUGCCAUGAUGAAUAUGAAAGUUAGAGGUAGUUGCUCUUGUUAUGGUCAUGCUAGUAGAUGUGUCCCUGAAGAAGGUCAAACACCUAUUGAUGGAAUGGUUUAUGGUAAAUGUGCUUGUGAUCAUCACACCACGGGGCCUAAUUGUAGACAAUGUGAACCCUUCUAUCAAGAUACUGAAUGGCAACCCGCAAUUGGAAGUCAAACUAAUGAGUGUAAACUUCAAAAUCUAUAUUUUUAUUUUUACUCUUCUCAUUGCUGCAUUAAAGGACAAUGUAUUGACUGUGAACACAAUACUCAAGGAAAUCAUUGCGAAGAAUGUAAACCCCAGUUCUAUCGAGAUGUGAAUCGACGUAUUGAUGAUCCAUAUGUUUGCAUUCCUUGUGCUUGUGAUGAAAGAGGAUCUCUUAAUAACGGUACUUGUGCAACUAAACCUGAUGAGAGUCUUGGAAUUGCCGCUGGCCAAUGUUUCUGUAAAGAAAAUGUAGAAGGGCGUCGCUGUGACACAUGUAAAAUUGGCUUUUGGAAUUUCGACGAAAAUAAUCCACUUGGCUGUCAAGCUUGUAGUUGUAAUACUAACGGAACAACUCGCAAUCAAGGCUGUAAUCCAAUAACUGGUGAAUGUGUUUGUAAGAAUAAUGUUGUUGGAAGAGACUGCAAUUCUUGUCAAGUAAAUUAUUAUGGAUUGGAAUUAUUCGAAGAUGGUUGCCGUCCCUGUAAUUGUGAUCCUGGAGGAUCAUAUAACUUACAAUGUAAUGAAACAACUGGUCAAUGCCCUUGUCGUCCCCAUGUUACUGGCCAAAGAUGUGAUAUUAUUGAAUCAGGUUUCUUUGUACCUUCACUUAACGCAGUUUUGUACGAGGCUGAAGAAGCUCACCACAGUGGUAUUUCAUGGAUUAUGCCACCUGAAGAUAUUGCAACGUGGACAGGAGAUGGUUUUGUUCGUGUUUAUGAAAAAUCUUUCAUUGAUUUCGAAAUAAGUGUCCCUCAUUCAUCACGUUACGAUAUUCUUGUAAGAUACUCACCUCCUGAACCCAUCUGGAGCGAAGGAUCAAUUUUAAUCGAACCCCUCGCAGGUGGAAUUGUACCAGCUCCAGGCUCGCCAUGUGAAAAAAACUUUGAAUAUGGUCCAAAAAAAAUACCAUUCCAAUUCGAAGCUCGACGAAUCUAUACUAAAACUGGCCCUUAUUGUUUUGAAAGGGAUCAAAGGUAUCGAAUUAGGAUUGAUGUUGGCGAGAGGACUGGUGGAGAGGAAAAUUCAACAAUAGCAGUUGAUUCUCUUGCGCUGAUCCCAAUAAGUUCUGAUUUUGAAAUCUUUUCUGAUCCUACUCGAGAAAGAGAGUUGGCAGAGUAUAGACGGAUUCGGUGUGAAGAGUAUUUAUAUUCUAUCAUACAACAUCAAAUCCCUGAACCAUGUAAAAAAUAUUAUCAAUCGAUAGCUGCUUCGAUGUACAAUGGUGCCCAGGCCUGUAAUUGUAACUCUACUGGGUCAAAGUCUUCCAUUUGUGAUAUACUUGGUGGAAAAUGUGUUUGUAAGGAUAACGUUAUCGGGCGUACAUGUGAUAAAUGUGCUCAAGGUUUUUAUGAUUUCGGACCAAGCGGUUGUGUCCCUUGCGACUGUCACUCUUAUGGUUCGGAAAACGCUUUUUGCAAUGUUGAAACUGGUAAAUGUAAAUGUCGACCCAACACCUUUGGCCGACAAUGUGAUCAAUGUCAACCUGGCUUCUGGAAUUAUCCCAACUGUCAGCGUUGUGAUUGUAAUUCACAUGCUGAAACUUGUGACUCUAAAACUGGAGCUUGUUUAAACUGUCUAGACAAUACCGAAGGUCAUAGAUGUGAAAAAUGUGUAAAGGGUUAUUAUGGUAAACCUUUAGUAGGGGAAAAUAUUCCUUGUCGCCCGUGUCCAUGUCCCGGUGUACCUGAAUCUGGCGAUUUUCAUGCCGAAGCAUGUGAGCUUAACCCUAUAACCAAUUUACCUCGUUGUCUUUGUAAAAUUGGCUACACUGGAGAAAGGUGUGAACAGUGUGAUGAGAACUACUUUGUUGAUUUAACUCAUGCAUUGAUCAAUGAGCAGGGAACUUAUGAAAUCAAUAAAUGUCGCCCAUGUAAUUGUAGCAACAAUAUCGAUAUAGCCCAACCUGGAAACUGUGACAGGAAAACUGGUGCAUGUUUGAGAUGUCUUUACAAUACAGAGGGAGAUCAUUGUGAACGUUGUCGUGAUGGAUUUUAUGGAAACGCUUUGGAACAGCAGUGUGUUCAAUGUGUUUGCUCGCCUCUUGGUACAAAUCAAACAAUUGGCUCGUGUGAUCAUAAAACCGGACAAUGUCCUUGUUUACCUAACGUUGUUGGACGCGAGUGUGAUAAAUGUGAAAUCAAUCAUUGGAAUCUAACUUCAGGUGUUGGCUGCGAACCUUGUGAUUGUGAUGCUAAAGGAUCAGAAAAUUUGAGAUGCUCUGAGUUUGAUGGUCAAUGUGCAUGUAGACCUGGACAUGGCGGUCGAAAAUGUAAUGAAUGUCAACCAAAUCAUUGGGGUGAUCCAAGAGUUCGAUGUUUCCCAUGUGAUUGUAAUCCUAGUGGGUCAGCAACUAUGCAGUGUAACAAACACGACGGUUCAUGCGUUUGCAUCAAAGGAAUAUCUGGUAGAAGAUGUGAUCAAUGUGCUCGAGGUUACCUUGGUUCUGCCCCUCGAUGUGAAUCAUGUGGUGAAUGUUUCGAGAACUGGGAUGCAACUAUUCAAACAUUGAGAGAAGAAACUUCUCGCUUAGUUGAACGAGCUCGUAAAAUUAAACAAACAGGAGCACCAGGAGCUUAUGGUAAAUCUUUUGUUACCAUUGAAAAUAAAUUAUUGGAUGCAGAAAUUUUAAUUUCCGGAUCAAAUGUUACUGAAGCUGAUAUCAAAAAUGUGACCGAAAAAAUUCAAGAGAUUCAAAGUGAAGUUACUCUAUUGAAUCAAAAAAUUUCAGCUGCUGAGAAAGAUACGGAACAAACUGUCCAGCGUACUGCUAGAGCAAAUUUACGACUUGAUGAGUUGAAAGAGAUGGCUCAAACCUUAGAAUCUCAAAAUAAUGAGUUACGAGAAAAUGCCACAAAAUUAAAAGCUGACGAUGUUCGAAGUGCCUUAAGCCUGACUGAGGAUGCCGUGGAUAGAGCAAAAAAGGCCGAAUCAUCAAUAAAUAACGCAAUGCCUAGAUAUAUUAAGUCGAAAGAAAUUAGAAAAGCAACAGAGAAAAUUAUCUCUUCCACAAACUUCGAUCAUGAAAAAUCAUUAGAAAAUAAUCGAGGAGCAUUGUCUACAAUAUCGACUAAGAUUAAAAAUUUGGAAGACAAUAUUCCUGAUAUCAACAAACUGGUUUGUGGUGGUCGAGCCACAGUCGAUAAAUGUGAUAGCACUUGCGGAGGAGUUGGAUGUGCCAAAUGUGGUGAUCUUUCUUGUGAUGCUGUAACUACUAAAGCACAAUUUGCACUUAACUAUAGUCAAGAUGCUGAGAAGAGGUUGAAAGAUCUUGGUGAGAAAGGAGAAGAAGAAAUGAGGAAUGUUGAAGAAGCUCGCCGUCGCAGUGAGGAAGCUUUACGUGAAGCUCAAAGAGCAUAUGAUAGAGCUAUUGCUGCCAGAAACAAUUCAGAAGCAAAGAGCAAAGAAAUUCAAGAUUUAUUCAAACAGAUUGAUGAAUUUAUGGCUGCUCAAUCAGCGACUCCAGCUGAGAUACGAACAGUUGCAGAAAACUGCCUUAAAAUUCAAAUAUCAUUAACUCCGGAACAAAUUCUUGAUCUUGCCAAUAAAAUCAAUGCAACUCUCAAGAAUGUGAAAAAUAUUGAGAAAAUUUUAGAUGAAACUGAAGCUGACUUACGAACUGCCCAAAAACUGGAAUCAGAUGCCAAUGCAACAAGGAUGAGUGCCGAUAAAUCCUUGGAUAUGGCAAAGGAAAUAUUAGAGGCUUUAUCUAUAGCUCAAGAAUCACAAAGUGAAGCAGCAAACUCAAUUAAAAAUGCUAAUGAACAAUUUAAUCGAGCUCAAAUAGAUCUUGAUUCCAUUGCAUCUGAAACUGAAAAUAUUGCUCGACAAUCAGAACAGGCUAAGAUUAAAAUUGAAGAGUUGCAGAAAAAAUUGGAUGGACUUCGAAUCAGUUAUACCAAGAAUACUUAUUCUGUUAGUCAAGCAUCCAAGGAAGCUGGUAUUGCUGGUGAUAUGGCUAAAGCAGCAGAAAGUGAAGUGGAAGGGUUAGAAGCGAAGUUUGAAGAAGCUAAACGCAAAUUAGCCCAAAAAGAAGAGGAUUCUGGUUCACAAAAGAAACAAUCUGACACUAUCAGAUCGAGAGCUGAAAAAUUAGCUAAAGAUGCUAGUGAAAAACUUCGAAUAUUACAAGACAUAGAAGACAACUUCACCGAGAAUGAAGAAAAUUUAAAUAAAUAUUCAAGAGAAAUUGAACAAAUGAAUAAUGACAUGCUAAAUUAUCUGAAUAUUAUUGAAACUAGAUCAGCAUUUCACAAAACCUGCCAAACUUAGUUUAUGAGCCAAAACUUUUGAUGAGAAACAAACGGUGAAAAGCUUUAGGAAUACAUUGUUAUAAUUGAUUAACUAUUGAAUAAUUGCAAAAAACAAAAGAAAUCAGAACAAAACAAUCGAUUACUCAUGCAUGUACAUAAAUAAUCACAUUAUAUAAUGAUGAAAAUUUUAAAAAUUGAACUUAUCAAAUCAAAUUUUACUUAAUAUCAAUCUCAAAAUAUACUUACUUUCCCUGUCUACAAUUGUACCUUUUUCUGCACUUGUAAAUAAAAUUGAUCAACGAAUAAGAAA